AUGAAGUCCAAAGUGUGGGCAAUUCCUGGGUGGCAGGUGAGCUUGGAGGAAUGGUCCCCGACCAGUACCCUGGACCGUACAGCGUCCGGGACGAACAAGAGAUUUGGGGGCCGGAACUGGGGCCUGGCUGCUGUCUCUGAACGAGGCGUACCUCGGAUUGAGUGUGAGUGUGGCGAUCUGACAAACGGGGGGAUCUUGACCAGGGACUGGAAGACAGCGGGGGCAUUGUUAUUGUUAUUUUUUUAUUUCAGUAGAAGGCCUCCAAAUGGUCCACCAAAUGUCCAAGCUUUUCCCAGACACUGGGACAAGACCCAGGUUCCUGAGAUUGGAUACAAGAAAGUACUGCUGCAAGAUUCAUCAAAGGAAUACAAGAAGGUGGAGACGCUGUUUCGUCAGACGAUGACCGCCUUUGACAUUGUGAAGAUCGAGAGAAUUCAGAACAAGUUUCUCUGGGACCAAUUUCAGUUGCAAAGGGAACAAAUGAAGAAAAGGAAUGAGGGUCGUAAUGUGGCCGAGAGGAAGCUGUUCCACGGCACAGACCCCAAGUUCAUCAACGCCAUCUGCUGUUCGAACUUUGACUGGAGGAUCUGUGGAACCCACGGGACCUCCUACGGCAAGGGCAGUUACUUCGCCCGGGACGCCAGCUACUCCCACAACUUCACCCGGAACGCCUCGACGGUCCACUCCUUGUUCGUGUCCCGGGUGCUGGUUGGUGACCACACCCUGGGCGCGGCCGGCUACGUGCGCCCGCCCUCCAAGGACGGCGGGGACACCCUCUUCUACGACAGCUGCGCCAACAACAUCCUCUCGCCCUCUAUCUUUGUCGUCUUCGACCGGCCUCAGAUUUACCCGGAGUUCCUGCUCACGUACAAGGAGAAGGCUGCGGUCAUGGAUCACUCGCCGCCCAGGUUGCUCAGGUCCGCCCCCUCACAACAGCCCUACCCAGCCCCCCCCCCGCCCACAUCUGUUCCCAGAGCCACGCCCGCACAUCGCAACCCCGGCGCUUUCUCGAAUGCCGUCCCGACGCCACGGCACUAUGCCCCCUAACAACAGCCCUACCCCCCCCCACCCUGCGCUUGCGAGAAGGGUUUUAGGGGGCUCUGGGGGGCUUUGGGGUCUGGACCCGUCGUUCUAAUCUGGAAUGCCUGAGGUUUAAUAAUAAUAAUAUGUAUUGAUAUACGUAAACGCUUGGACAUUUGGUGGACCAUUUGGAGGCCUUCUACUGAAAUAAAAAAAUAACAAUAACUUCACCUGAAGCUUAAUAGAAAGGACCCGUUCUGUAUCUAUUUUAUGGGCAGCGGUCCAAAGUGCCCGACGUAAAAGUGGGUGUCUCACUGAAAUAUGACGUAUCAACCAUGGCUGAGGUAACCCCUUCUACGAGUCUCAUUGUGGAAAUACCAGAGACAGAGUCCGACUCAACAGCAGAACGGUUAUCCAAAUCAAAUAAAAAAAAAUCUAAACUUCCCUCAACAAGCAAUCACAAUUCUACUACCAGUGCCCUGAUACGAGAGCAGCAUACCCCUAUAGUACUGCUGAGUGACUUGUGUUUGUCCUCUGUGAAAAGGGGCUAUUCUAGUCCGGGCAAUACCCCUGUGUGGGAGUGUGUAUCAGGGUGUCAGAUUCCCACUGUAACUCAAUCUCCCAGCACAUGAAGGGAAGUGGCCGCUCAACAUCCAACC